AUGGCCUUUCCAUACAAGAAAGUCCUCGUGGUGGGCGCUACAUCCGGCAUCGGCCUUGCCAUCGCUGAGCGACUCGUCCAGCAGGGCAUCUUCGUGAUCGGCGUUGGUCGCAGGAAGGAAAACCUCGAUGCAUUCGUUCAGAGCCAGGGGUCUGACAAGGCCGCUGCGGUGCAGUUCGAUAUCACCAAGCUGGAUGCCAUUCCUGGUUUUGUGCAGGACACGACAUCCGGUCUGGCACUCGUGCCCAUUCUCCGAUGCUCGAAUUACUGCGCUUCCAAAGCUGCCCUCCACCAUUGGAUACUGUGUCUUCGAGAACAGCUCAAGGGAAGCAACAUCAAAGUGAUUGAGAUCCUGCCACCGGCAGUUCAAACCGAACUCCACGACGCAAAGCACCAGCCCGAUAUCGUCGAUGGAAGGAAUUUCGGUAUGCCAUUGGAUGAGUUUACCAAUGAGACAAUGGAAAAGCUCCUCCUGGGCGAGGAGCAGAUCCCCAUCGGAAUGGCCAAGAACGCCUUUGAGAGCUUCGAGAAGCAGCGCCAGGAGAUAUUUACGAAGCUAGUGGAGACGAUGAAACAAAAAAGAUGA